AAGCGCAUCCCACCAGUACCUGAGGGCCCUUUUCAAUGGAUGUAGUGUCAUGUGACUUCCACCGCGUUAAUUUGAUUUGGAUAAAGUAGUGUACCGUUUUGAUCUUGUUUUGUAAGAUUAGCUUUGUGUGAUUUAAAAAAAAAACCAACAUUUUAUUAAAAAAACUUCGUUUACUCAACCAACAUGACGGACUGGAAGACACAAAUAAGCUACAGCUACAACCCAUCCUACCAUGCAUAUGCAUACGGCCUGAUGUACCAGCCGGGGCCUGAUCAGAAUCAUGGGAACCAGCUGGGCUGCUGGAGCGAGGCCGCGGUCACGGACAUGAGCAGUUACAACCCUGGGGUCACGCAGGCCUACUGUGUCACCGCCGACAGGAGUCGGGAGGAGUCUCCACCAGGUAGCCCCGAGCAGCACGCCGUCAGUGGGCACCUCCACUACCAAGGCUCUGGGCUGGUUUAUUUAGGAGACACGCAGGCGAGCCGUGUUGUUCUGCCCAGACCACACCGGACUGCAGCCUACAGCGCCCAGGAUAACGAGGUCGGCAGGGCCCGCAGUGAUUCAACAAGUGACUCGGAGUCGCACACCUCACCAGAUUCAUGGAGUUCAGGCAGCAACAGCAGCAGAGAUGGCAAUGUACCCAACACGCAGCCUCACAUCUGGAUAAAAAAAGAACUGAACUGCGAGGAGUAUGGCAAUAAGAGCCCCGUCAUCAAUGGAGACGUUCCCACCGUACUCCCCAAGGAAACUGAGAAGUUGGAGGUGUGUGAGAGUCCCGACAAUGUCACUACUCUGCAGCAUGCACCUGUGGCUGCCCCCAAUAAGUCAAGCACUACAACUACUGCCCCCAAAGCUAAGGCCCGUGCAGCCUUCUCGGAGAGUCAGAUGAAUGCCCUUGUCCAGCGCUUCAGUGUUCAGCGAUACCUCACUCCUGCUGAGAUGAAGAAUCUGGCAGAAAUGACGGGAUUGACCUACAAACAGGUGAAGACUUGGUUUCAGAAUCGGAGGAUGAAGCUGAGGAGACACCAGAAGGAUAACAGUUGGGUGUCCGAGCGAUACACCCUGAACAAAGACGGCCCCGUCCAUGGAAAUGUGUACUCCAACAUCCCUCCUCAUAUGCCACCUUACCGGGGGGAGCCUCAGGUCCAAUACAAAGAGCACUACAACCAGCACAUGAUGGAGCAGGCCUUCAAGAAGGCAGCUCCACAGAACCUGGCCUUCUACCUGGCCAUGGGCAAUGCUGCUGGGUCUGCUGGAUAUCGCUCCUGGCCAGCUGCAGCCGCCGUCUCCUCCCAGACACCAGUGCACAGCAGAGCUCCGACGAGCAGCUGGUCCAUGGCUCCCGGUGUCGGUCAUUAUGACUACAACCCCAAUGCAUUCCACUCGGCCGUGACACACAACACAGGGCACGACACAAGCUUUGAAAACAAAGAGGAGCUCGUUAGCACCUGAAGACCACGGCUGUUUGUUUAUCACCAAGCUUUUAUUAAGUGUUGUGUUGUGUUCAAGCUUUUCUGUAAAUAUGUUUCGAGUUUCCUUUUGUUAACAAUGCAAGGGGUUUGCCAAAUGUGUUGUACAUGUGCCUUGUUCAUACGCCGACACUUUUAUGAAGUUUUAUUUUUAUACACAACUAUUUAAUGUUUGUUGGUGUGUUCUGUGAGCAAAGUGAUACUAGAUGGUUCCACAUUUUUGAUUCAAUCCUGGUAUAUUUUUUUAUUUUUUGAAGAUACUUUAUGAGAGAAUAGAGAAACGAUGUGCGCACACUUCAACAUGUUUUUGCUCUAAAUACAAUUGCUUCACCAAUUUAAAA